AUGGCAGCUUAUUCCCGUGCCGAUGUUCCUGCCGAUGUGAACGCAGCAUUCUGCGAAGCUUCGCAAAUUCCUCUUCCGGUUGCCCAACAGGUGCCUCUUCAGGUGCCUUCUCAGGUAACGAGCAACCCGGGAGGCGAUCCGCAUGGAAGCGCUGAUUCCGCCGCGGACCCCGCAGCCUCGGCGUCUGCGAAUCCAACGGCUAAAGUGCCUAUGCUGCCGCUGCGGCGCGGCCUUGGCGUGCGCUGGCACCGAACCUCGUCUGCUUCGGUGGUAACCGCAGCCACCGGCCCCAUGCCGGUUACCACCACUACUAGCCAGAUCAAUACACAUAAUCCCAGUGCUACUGUUUCCGCUAGUAGCAGCGCUGGCCCAUACACAAAUUUGACCGUGCCUAUUUUUAGUAACCCUGCUAUUUCUAGCAGCAGCACCAGUGCGUUCUCCAGUGCGGGCAGCAGGGCGAGAGCUGCUGCGAGUUCGGAUGCUGAGUCUGCGAGACUCGUGCGUCCACUGGGGGGAAGGAGGACAGAUGAACAGCUUCACCUUGCUCCCGCCUCUGCUACCAGCAAAUCUGCGACCCCGUCGGCUUCGGCUGCUUCGUCCUCUCUCGCGGCGGCUGCUGCGGCGGCCAUUGCGGAGUACAACGCGCUCGUGGAGCAGAGCGUUGCAGCAGCACCUGACAAAACACCUGAAGAAACGCCUGAGGAAAUGCCUGAGGAAACACCUGGAGAGGCAAGGGCGCCCGUGCCUGCGUGCACGACGCACGACGGCGCAACAGGGCCAAUUCGUCCGCAUCUGCCCCUACCCCAGAAGGUACUAGCACGAACGGUGUCAGACCCUGGGGGUGGUACCCCUGCCAAAACACAGCAAGCCUCUGAAACGGCUGUAGCGGCAGGUGGUGAGGGUGAGGGAGGCACGCGUAAUGAGGAAGGUGGGCAGGGUGGGAGUAAUGGCGGUGGUGGUGGUAACAGUGGUGGUGGGGGUCGCGGUAGUGGUAAUGGUGGGGCGCUGCUGAAGUGGCUGUCGUGGGGUAAGGCGAAGUUAGGCGGAAAGGGAAACUCUAAGCGGCGCAAGGGGAAGGAGGAGCAGCAAGGCAGCAGCGAGGAAGCGAAGGGGCGGGCUGCGGAGGAGAUUAAUGGGCGGGAUCGUGGUAGUGAGGCGAGGGGCGGCGGCGGCGGUGGUGGAGGCGAUGCACGGGGAGGGGGGUUUGGAUGGGUAGGUUCUGGUAGUGGUGCUGUCGUCGUUGGUGGUGGUGGCGGUGGUGGUGGCAGUGGCGGUGGUGGUGGCGGUGGUGGUGGUGGUGGCGGUGGUGGUGGUACUGGUGAUGUUGGUGGUGCUGGUGAUGAUUCCUUCUCUGCCGCGAACUCUGCUUCAAGAGCUACUUUGGACACGUGGCUGCACGAGACCGAGGUGCAUGAGGAUGGGAAUGACGUGGAGGAUGCUGACGUGGAAGGAUUAGGUGAUGAUGAGGUGGAACAGAGGGUUGCUGAAUGGGGGGUUGUGCUGGUUGGGGAGGAGGAGGAGGAGGAGGAGGAGGUGGAGGAGGAGGUGGAGAAGGAGAAAAAGGAAGGGGAGGAGAAAGGGAAGGAAGAGAGGGAGGACGAUGAGAAAGAGGAGAAAGGGGAGGGAGAAGAAAUAGGGGAGGAGGAGGAGGAGGAGGAGGAGCAGGAGGAUGAGGAGGAGGAGGAGGAUGAGGAGGAGGAGGAGGAUGAGGAGGAGGAGGAUGGGCAUGAAACGGAGAUGGAGGAUACCACCACCAGGGGUGCAGUCCCGGAUAAAGCGGGUGAUAGGUGUUACUCUGCCGGCCAAGGUGAAGGGGGAGAUGGGGAGAAGGAAGGAGGAGAGAGCGCGAGAGAGAGGGAAGAGGAGGAGGUGGAGGGGAAGGGGGGGAGGAAAGCGGAUGGGCGAGGGGUAGAUGAGGGGGAGGAGGAGAGUGAGGGAGGGCAGAGAAGUGAUGUGGUGGGAAUGGGUUCAGAAGGGUUUCACUUUGACGUGACUUGCAAUCAGGCGGAGGAGGAGGAGGAGGGGAGUGUUGACGGUGUAACUGCCAGGACUGCUGGAAACGCCUUUGAAACCAAGGCUCUACCAACCAGAGGCUUGAUUGGAGAGGAGGAGGGCGAGAAGGGAGAGGAGGAGAAAGAGGAGGAGGAAGAGGAGGAGGAAGAGGAGGAGGAGUUGAGGGAGAGGCAGCAGCAGGAGUGGCAGCGGCAGUGGCAGCUGCAGCAGCGGCGGAUAGGCUUAGUGGUGUCAGGCGGAGAGGAUACAGAAGGGGGUGAUAUUAACGGGGGGAGUGGCAACAGAGGGGGAGGCAGCAGAGGCAAAGGGCAGGGAGAUACUGCAAAGGGAACAAGACAAUCGGCACCCUCAUCCCCAGCACGAGACGACUCGUGUGUGUCGUUUGCGCAGUGGGUGCAUCUGCGCGGUUCCCCCUCCCGCGGUUCCCCCUCCCGCGCGUCCUCCGCCGCGCACAGCCCCGCGCCUGGGCUCCCCAUGCGCGCGUCCGCCGCUGGCGCACGCGCAGCAGCUGCUGCUGCAGCCGCACGCGCAGCAGGCGCUGGCGCGUCUGGCAGGGGAGUGGGCGGAAACGGGGGGCGGAAUCGCGCAGGAGGAGCUACAGGAAGCGAUUCUAUUGGUUGGGAGAGCAGAGGAGGAGGGAGCGUGGGGGGAACCCACGUGCAGGCGCAGACACUAACGAGGAUCCAGGCGGAAUCAGUGGUUGAAAAGCUUAGUGCUGUGGUUACCAGCAACCAGAGGGAUUGUGGUAACGGUAACCAGAUUAGUGGUGGUAACCAGGGUAGUUGUGCUAAUCCGUUUGCUGAAAUGCCCUCCGUCCCCUUCACAAGCACCAACCCGUUCCUGUGCAGCAGCGACUCGUUUGGAGACGAGCCGGGCAAGGGCAGCAGUGGGGGAUACGGUGCUGGCUGCUUUGGCGAAGUGGGAAGCGAAGUUGCUGGUUACCCUGUUAUGCUACCGCACAUUGACACUCCUGGAAUCGUCAACACGAGUCCGUUCGCAGCAGCAGCUGCAGCAGAGGCCGAGGAGGAGCAUACGUGGCAGGCGCAACUGGGGCAGGUGCUACCUGGGCAGGUGGUAUCUGGGCAGGUCGUAUCUGGGCAGGUCAUAUUUGGGCAGGUCGUAUCUGGGCAGGUCGUCUCUGGGCAGGUUUCGGGUGCUAGUGCAAACGUCAGCAGCAAGACUCUACCACCGUCCCUCUGGCCUGCAUACCCUGCGUCCCCAUCCUCCCCCUCUCCUGUGUCCCGCCCUUCCCAGUCCCCUCCCCCUGUCCCUUCCGCCGCCCCUUCCCCUGCCCCUGCCCCUGCCCCUGCCCCUGCCCCUACAGUUGCCCCUACUCCUGCCCCUCCUUCUACCCCUGCCCUGGCCUUUGUCCCUGCCCCUCCUCCUGCCCCUUGCCCUGCUCCUGCCACUUCCCCCGCCCUCUCCUGUGCUACUGUCACUGCUCCCACUUCUAUUGGCGCUUCCUCAGUGGUCAAAAUCGCAGUUUCAGCCGAUCCUAAGAUUCCUGCAGUUGCAGGUGUGGAGAGCGGUGAAGGGAAAGACGAGAGCACUUCAGAGUGGACUCACAGGGAAGGAGAGGGCAGGGCGACGAGUGAGGGGCAGCAGGGGGCGGGCAGUGCAAGGGAAGACGAAAGGACUUUGGAGUCGACUCAAAGGAAAGGAGAGGGCAGGGCGAUGAAUGAGGGGCAGCAGGGGCCGGGCAGUGCAGGGAAGAAGCGAGUGCGGUUCAGAGCGGUGGGUGCAGAGGGGGAUGAGCCAGAGGAGGGUGGAAACCAAGCAAGGGAAGACGAUCAGGCCAUGGGAGAAUCGCCCAGUGGUAACCAGACAGGGGCAUGUAACCAGACAAAAGGUGGUAACCAGAAGAGGGCAGGUUCGCCUGGGCGGGUGGGGACUGCACCCCUGGGUCUAUCGCAGCGCAUAUGCUGGGUGCCCGCUUCUAAAACUGCUAAUUCAGAUCGUGAGUCGCCGGACCAGACACCGAACCAGACACCGGUCUUGGGUCAACGAGUUGGUCCGGAGCAGAGGCGUCCUUAUGCUGCUGCGGUGGCUGCCGUGGCCGGGCAGGUUGCUGGUCGUCAAGAGAAGGAAGGGGAGGGAGGGACGGCAGAUGGAGAGGCGGCGGGAGGGGCGGCAGCGGGAGCAGCAGCACGGGUAGCAGCAAAGGCAGCUAUGGCUGCUAGGGGUAUCACUGGUGGUACUGCGGUCAAGAGUGGUACCAGCUGUGUUUCAGUCGAAAGCAGUGGUGGGAAGGAGGAGGCAAGAGGAGGGAAGGGCGAUGGUGGUGGUGGUGGGAGUUUGGAGAGAAGCAAUAGCAGCAACAGCAAGGGCAGCAGUAGAGGUGGUAACCCUGUUACUCAGACGAAUCAGGGCGCGUUUGGAGCUGGAAAUCUCGCUAAGGGAGGAACUGACAGUGCUGGGAGGGUGUGGGGGGGGAUGGGGAGGAGGGGGUAUGAGGUCGGGGGUUUGGAGGUGUGUGGGAGUGAUGGGGAUGAGGAGGAUGGGGGGGGACAGGCAAGGACAGGUGCAGAGGAGUGGGAGAAGGAAGGGAGUGUGAUAGGGGAGGGGAGUGUGGUGGGGGAGGGGAGUGUGAUGGGAGAAGAGAGUGUUGUUGGCGAGGGGAGGGUUUUUUUGGGAGGGGAGUGUCGUGGAGAAAGAGGAGAGAGUGGAUGUGGUGAGCAGGAGGAGGAGCAGUGGGAGCCGGAGCAGGAGGAGGAGCAGGAGGAGGAGCAGGAGGAGCAGGAGGAGCAGGAGAAGCAGGGGGGCGGAGUGGGCGGCGAGGGAAAGAGAACAGUGGAGAAGCUACUAUGGGCCAAGAAGAGGAUUCCAGGCGUGGAGAUGGGCUUGGAGAAGAGGACGGGUCUUACAGUGGGAGUGAACUAG